AUGUUAACCAAACUAAACUUUACCUUGGCCCGACAAUUCCAUUGUUCUUCAACAUGUUUCAAAGCUCGUAUCCUUUCGAAAAAUCAUCCACUUAAAAUGGAGGUCCCUUUAGCCUUACGUUACCUUCGUGCUAUCGAAUCAGGAAGAAAAUCAUCUGAACAAACUGUAACGCUACAAACUGUUGUAGCAGCUGCAAGAGGUAAUACCCCAUUGAGAGGUGAAAUUAAUUUUCAUAUGCUAAUCAGGAAACCAGUAAUAGCAGUAUUUACUGAAGACCCUGAACAACAUAAAAUUGCUAAAGAGAUGGGUAUUGACAUAAUAGGGGGCUCUGAACUAAUUGAUAAGAUUGCAAGUGGUGAACAAAAGAUAACAUUCCAAACUGCCUUUGCGACGACUGAUAUGGUACAAGAUCUAGCUAGAGUAGCACAAAAAUUAGGUAAACAAAAAGUUCUACCUCAAUUGAAGAAAAAAACUGUCGGUGAUAAUAUUAGGGAAUUAUUACAAGACAAAUUAUAUGUUGUACCAUUUGCAGAAAAGGCUAGUUUUAUUAGCUUCCCUGUAGGCAAGUGUAGCUUUACAGAUGAAGAAAUACUUCGAAAUCUAAUUAAAGCUAGAGAAGGACUACAAAAAGCUCUUAGGGAACAGAAUAAUAAAAAACCAAGCACUAUUAUUAAAGCAACUUUAACAAGCACUCAUGGUCCAGGUAUAGAUAUCGAUUUAUUUUAA